GUCAAUUCAUGUAUUUUUUACAAUGCGUCCUGGAGCGGUUCGUGCUCUCGAUGCUGUGCGCUCCUCUCUGUGCCUCUGCCUCGUAGUUCUCCUCCACUGGACGGAGGCUGCUGGAUAUGAAGGCGCUGUUUACAAUGGAGCAGAAAAUAAACAGAAGAGCAUCCUGGAGCAAGUACAGACUUAUGAGAUCACUUAUCCCAUAUGGCUGCAUCCUCACAGACACACAAGGUCUGCCAACAAAGAGCAUCCAGCAGAGGCUCAAGUUCUCAUCUCAGUCGAGGGCCAGGAGCUGAGACUACACCUGGAGAGAAAUGAGCAGCUGUUGGCCCCUGGAUAUCAGGAAAUAUGGUACACUCGUGAUGGAGCCCGCAAGUCUUCCUUUCCUGCCAACACAGGACACUGUUUGUAUCACGGGGAGGUUCAGGGCAUGGAGGGUUCCAGCAUUGCUGUCAGCACAUGCUCAGGAUUGAGGGGACUGAUAUCUCUGAACACAAGCAUCAGCUACUUGAUAGAGCCUCUUCCUGUUUCCAUGGAUGCACAGCAGCACGCUGUGUUCAGAGCUGAGAAUCUCCACCUAUCCAGAGGUAACUGUAUGCAUCACCAUGGCAACAAAGAGCACGGGGAGGAGCUUGAUGGCUUUAUCCAUAAAAUGACAUCACCAAGGAGCGGAAGGGAACGAAGGGACCUGAGCCAGAAUAUGAAGUAUGUCGAGCUGCUGCUAGUGGCAGACAAGGCUGAGUUUGAAAAACAUGGGAGUAGUCUAAAGAACACGCAACUGAAAUUGCAAGAGGCAGCAAACUUGGUUGAUAAGUACUACAAGUCUCUAAGCAUCCGUGUGGCAUUAAUCGGUCUGGAGGUGUGGAACGACCAGGACCAGAUCAACAUGUCUGACAACCCGCACAGCACUUUGGCAGCAUUCCUGUCCUGGAGAAGCAAACAUCUCCACAAGCUCCCCAACGACAACGCUCAGCUCAUCACGGGGAAGCCAUUCCAGGGCACAACCAUCGGGCUGGCACCUCUAAAAGCCAUGUGCUCCGACUACCAGUCAGGUGGAGUGAACACGGAUCACUCUGAGUUAGCUGUUGGUGUUGCUGCCACCAUGGCACAUGAGAUGGGCCACAAUUUCGGCAUGACUCACGACAGUACAGGCUGCUGCCAGGCGAAAGCUGACGACGGGGGUUGCAUCAUGGCUGCUGCUACUGGGCACCCAUUUCCACGUGUGUUCAAUGAUUGCAACCAGAAGGAGCUGAAGAGCUACCUGACCUCUGGAGGAGGGAAGUGUCUCUUUAAUCUGCCAAACACAGAAGCCAUGUUUGGAGGGCGGCGCUGCGGCAAUGGUUACCUGGAGGACGGAGAGGAAUGUGAUUGUGGAGAGGAAGAGGAGUGUACCAGUCCCUGUUGUAAUGCCAACAACUGCACUCUGAAAGCCGGAGCUGAAUGUGCCCACGGCGUCUGCUGUCAUAACUGCAAGCUGAAGAGCCCGGGUGUGCUUUGCAGGGCUCCCUCGGGGUCAUGUGACCUGCCGGAGUACUGCGACGGGAAGGCUGAGUCCUGUCCUGCUAACUUCUAUUUGGUGGAUGGCUCGUCAUGUGCAGGCGGGCAAGCUUACUGUUACACCGGCAUGUGUCUCACUCUGGAGCAACAGUGUCGGUCAAUCUGGGGACGAGAUGGCCUUCCAGCCCCUGAUCUGUGUUUUAUGAAGGUAAAUGCAGCUGGGGAUAUGUAUGGGAAUUGUGGCAAAGAUCAGUUUGGGAAGUACAGAAGAUGUAAGGACAGGGAUGCUAAAUGUGGGAAGAUCCAGUGUUUAACUUCAGCUGUUAAGCCCAUUGAGAACAACGCUGUUCGCAUUGAAACCACAGUCACUACGGGCAGCACGAAGGUUCAAUGUAUGGGAACACAUGUGUACAAGUCUGGGCAGGGGAACGAGGAAACACAGGGCGACACUCUGGAUCCAGGCUUAGUCAUGACGGGCACCAAAUGUGGCGAUGACUCGAUUUGCUUUAAUGGAGAAUGCCGCAAUGCAUCUUUUCUCAAGGCUGAUGACUGCAAUGCCAAGUGCAAUGGACACGGGCUGUGCAACAACAACCACAACUGCCAUUGUGACACGGGUUGGGCUCCUCCUCUGUGUAACCAGAAGGGGUCUGGUGGGAGUAUAGACAGUGGACCUGUCAUCAGCCACAGCAGUCUCCUUCCAGUCCUGCUGGUCCUCCCUCUGGUUCUCUUUAUGGUUCUGGCUGCUGCUGGCCUGUGGUUCUGCUACAGACAUAAACUCCACCCACUGAAAACAUCCGUUCCACCUCCAACACCAAGUUGUUGUGCAGUCCAUGUCGAAGCCAAGCCCCCGCAUGUGAACGGUCAUGCCAAUCCGACAUUCAUGCUAAAGAAACAAGAGUCAGACCAUCUGGUGAAGUCCUCCCCUCAUCUGAGCUCGCCAUGUCCAUCUCGGCCCAGAAAUGCUAUUGUGCGUCCAGCUGUGAAGCCUCCUCCCAUACCUGCGUAUGCUGUGGAGCAGAGAAAGCCUAAAGCUGCGAUCAAGCCUGACACAUCAUCUUCUCAGGGUCAGUACUCCCCCCAGGCUUACACUCAGUCCAGCACUCCCUUCAAAUCUGCACCACUGACUGAGCAGAAACAAAACCGCCGGGCUCCUCCACCACCUUCAGGACCUACACCUAUACCCUCUCUGCCUCUGCAUCCCAAAACCCACCCACUGCCUUCAACAGCACCUAAGCCUCGACCAGACCCGCCUAACAGACCUCCACCACCUUGUCCUGUCAACAAACCAUCAGUGGAGAAGCAACACACAAAAGGCCUGCAGGUUUCCACUAAUGCCCUGCUGAGUGGAAAAGAUGCUCUGGCACCAUCUGCUGGACAGAAGAAGCCAAACAGAUCUUAA